CAAGUCUAAAGAAGACAUAACCUUGUGCCUGCCUGCCCACCCAACUCUCUGAGCCUGCUAGUCUCUCAGGUCAGAUACGCUGACCUUCAUUGCUCAGCUAAGGGUUCCAAGGACUCCACUGUCUCUAGACCCAUCCAGCUGAGUGAACCCAGGGUGUUAUUACACCUGAGGGGAUUGAGGAGUAGGCGGUCAAGGCACCAGAGGAAGAGCCCACUGGGGCCUCAAGCAGAGGAGUGAAACUGGAACCAUCAGGGAACAUGAGCGAAUUUUGGCACAAACUGGGCUGCUGCGUGGUAGAGAAACCCCAGCCGAAGAAGAAGAGGAGACGAAUUGACCGGACCAUGAUUGGGGAACCAAUGAAUUUUGUCCACCUGACUCACAUUGGCUCUGGGGAAAUGGGGGCCGGAGAUGGACUUGCCAUGACAGGUGCAGUUCAGGAGCAGAUGAGAUCCAAGGGAAACCGAGACAGGCCAUGGAGCAAUUCUAGGGGCUUGUAGCUCCAACAGGAAUGGUUCUGCUGUCUGAAACCCUACUCUGUCCAGCCCAGAAGAGAUGCUGCCCCUACCAGAUUCCUCCUACAACCAGUGACCCCAGGGCCUCUCUUUUCCCUGUUCCCCUAAUAGUGCCUCAAAAGGCUUGGGGGCUGGACUCCCUCUAUUCUCUCUGGCUAGAGCCCCUCCUGGAGAUGGGGUCAAGGCAGCAGGACUGACCAAAUUACUACUGGUUGGCCAGAGGAGCUCAGCUGAAGUCCUGGACACUCUCAGAUCUGAGAUAGGAGUUUUCUGGGAAACUGGAAUGAGUUCCCUUCUCCUGAAUGACGGUCUAGGUGCCAUUUGUUUUUAAACUCUUAACCUGGAACUCCUUAAAUGGGGCAGGUGGGUGAGAUUACCAAAGCUGAAGCUGGCUUUGCUGAGAAACUCCCUACCUCCCUGCCUUCUCCUCUUUCCUCUUGGAGUGGACUGAAGCAGACAUCAAGCAGAGGCUGAGAGGGUGACCACUGCCUAGUCUACUCUUUCUCUGUAGAUCUCAGACCUUAAGCUCACAGUCCCUCAAUAUCUCUCUGCCAGUACCAGGGUCUUUCUCUAGUUAGGCCUCUAACUCUCUGUUUCUGUAGCAUUGCUAGCUUCCCAACAUCUCUCUCUUUUUUUUUUUAAUUAAUUAAAAUUUUAAUUUAAGAUGAGUUCUCUUAA